AUGAGGCCCUACACCUCAUUUACUCACCUCCGCUGCCAUGUUCAAGCUCGCUUGCAGAAGGCAGUUUGCCUCUGCGCUGAAGAGCGCGACAUCUGCAAGCAGCUAAUCGCAAAGCAGGAAACCCGCCAACCCCUCGUCCAACAACGCCGCAACCUCUCCAUUCACGAGUACCGCUCAGCUCAACUCCUCGCCCAGUAUGGCAUCGGCGUGCCGAAAGGUGAUGUAGCCCACAAUGCGCGCGAAGCCGAAGCAGUCGCCAAGACCAUUGAGGGAGAUGACAUGGUGAUCAAGGCGCAAGUUCUCGCCGGUGGACGUGGCAAGGGUCACUUCGACAAUGGCUUCAAGGGCGGCGUGCGCAUUGUCUACAGUCCGCGCGAGGCGGGCAUUCUAGCAGAGCAGAUGAUCGGGCACAAGCUCAUCACCAAGCAGACGGGCGAGCGGGGUCGAAUCUGCAACAGCGUCUACAUCGUGGAGCGCAAGUUCGCAAGGAGAGAGUUCUACCUGGCCGUGUUGAUGGAUCGGCAAAGCCAGGCGCCGGUCAUUGUGGCCAGCAGUCAGGGUGGUAUGGAUAUUGAGACGGUCGCGAAGGAAAACCCCGACGCUAUUAUCACGACCAAAGUCAAUAUCCACGAGGGCGUGACGGAUCAGAUGGCAGAGGGCGUUGCACGUGAGCUCGGCUUCAGCGAGCAGUGCAUUGGACAGGCGAAAGACACUAUUCAGAAGCUCUACAAGAUCUUCAUGGAGAAGGACGCCACGCAAAUCGAGAUCAAUCCGCUGUCAGAGACGUCAGACCACCAGGUACUCUGCAUGGACGCCAAGCUCAACUUCGACGACAACGCCGACUUCCGACAAGAAGAGAUUUUCUCAUGGCGUGACACUUCGCAAGAGGACGCAGACGAGGUCAAGGCGGCCAAAGCCGGUCUCAAUUUCAUCAAGCUAGACGGCGAUAUUGGCUGCUUGGUCAACGGUGCCGGUCUUGCUAUGGCUACCAUGGACAUCAUCAAGCUCAAUGGCGGUCAGCCAGCCAACUUCUUGGACGUGGGAGGCGGUGCGACGCCGGAGGCUAUCAAGCUGGCUUUCGAACUCAUCACGAGCGAUCCGAAGGUCACCGCCAUUUUCGUCAAUAUCUUCGGUGGUAUCGUGCGUUGCGAUGCAAUUGCCAAGGGCCUGAUUCAGGUGGUGGAGCAGAUGAAUUUGCGGACGCCGGUUAUUGCGCGGUUGCAGGGCACGAACAUGGAGCAGGCGCACAAGCUGAUCAACGAGUCCGGCCUGAAGAUCUUCUCCAUCGAUGACCUAGCAACAGCGGCAGAGAAGAGUGUGCAGUUCUCGAAGGUCGUGAAGAUGGCGAGAGAUAUCGACGUCGGCGUGGAGUUCACCUUGGGCAUCUAG